AUGGCGACCCCCCCAGUUGCUGCCGGUGCACUGGGAUCGAGGCAGAAGAACUGCAACAGCUGCGUGCAGACCAAAAGGCGCUGCGACAGGCGGACGCCCGUGUGUUCCAGGUGCGCGGAGAAGAAGAUCCCCUGCGCCUACGGCAAGGCUAGAGUGUCUAGCCAUACUGAGCAUCACAUGGAGGCGCUAAAUUUCGUCGGUCCUGGUGUUCCUCCUUUCGACUCUGUCCCGCCGUAUGAGAUAGGCUCUUUCGAUAGCCUGCCCCUGGACUCCUCAUCGGACGUACCUGGGCCUGCACCCCAAUCCGUGCCAAGUCCUUUCGUCAACGACGACGUCCUCAUGGACAACUUCAUGAGCUUUGUUGAAAAUGACAACCAAUCCAUACCGGACCGGUGGCUUGUCCCUGUCGAUGACAACGUUGCCAUAGAGCGCCCUGGCACACCAGCCGACGAAGAAAUCACAAAUUCAUACCAAAAGAUGGCGCCGUUUUGUGACAAUGUUCAACCAUGGCAUCUCUAUGACCCCAAAACGCCUCUGCACUACACUGUGAACCGGGUGAAAGCGUUUACGAAAGAGGUGGCAACACAAAGCUCUGCCCCUUUUCUACACCGAUAUCUUUACCAGACAAAUACACCGCAGUGUAUCCUCACGUGCUUCGCGACCUGUGUGCUCUACGAGAAUCGCACGCCAGGCAACACGGCGAUGGUAAUACGAGCACUCCAUGCUAACAUUCGUGAACUAAUCGACUUCGAGACUGGCCGAAUAACAGCCACACCUACCGAGAAGCUUGCGCGUGCACAGGCACUCUUUCUGUAUCAGAUAAUACGGCUCUUUGACGAUAACAUCACUUUGCGAUCGCAGGCCGAGAGAGACAUGCCACUAUUGGAGACAUGGCUCGGCGAGCUGUGCAAGAUUCGUGAGAAUUUGGGCAACUUAGGAGAUGACGCCAGAAAUCAGAAGCCGGUAGAGUGGGAGCGAUGGAUCUUCGCCGAAUCUGUGCGCAGGACUAUUGUCAUGGCAUACUCGGUAAUUGUCCUGUACAGUAUGAUGAAGACGCUCGAUGACGACAAUGGGUUCAUCCGCAUUGCCAUCGACAUGGAGACACACUCGUCCAUGAAGCGUCCCCUUGGCAAGGAUGGCCCCAUGGUCUCGCGGAUCGGUUUUGAGUACCACUGGCAGGGCGAUUCCGAGGUUAUCAUCGGCAAGUGGUUGGCACUGAACCCAGAGAAGCGCAAGGACGUCUUCAUUGCCACCAAAUUUGGCGGCGUGCGGCUGCCAGACGGCUUUGGAUUCCGCGGAGAUGCUGAAUACGUGUCUAUUGCUUGUGAGCAGAGCCUGCAAAGACUCGAGGUUGAGACCAUUGACCUCUGGCAAGGCAAGAUCCGUCACAUCGGCCUAUCCGAGGUCUCAUCAGCAACUCUGCGGCGCGCCCACGCCAUCCACCCCAUCGCGUGUGUGCAGAUGGAGUACAGCGCCUUCAGCACCGAGAUCGAGUCCCCCGAGCACCAGCUCCUCGCCACAUUCCGUGAGCUCGGCGUGGCGGUCGUCGCCUACUCCCCCUUGUCCCGCGGCCUGCUGGGCGGCGGGGUCCAGGGGCCCGACGACUUCGAGGAGGGUGAUAUUCGGCGGUUCUACCCGCGAUACUCCAGGGAGAACUUCCCCAAGAACAUGGAACUGGUUGAGGCCUUCAGGGAAGUUGCUACCGCGAAGGGGGUGACUGUUGGCCAGACGGCGCUUGCUUGGCUGCUGGCCCAGGGAGAUGACAUCUUCCCAAUUCCAGGUACGAUCAGACCAAAGUACCUGAAGGAGAAUUUUGACGCAGUGCAUGUGCAUCUCACGCCCAAGGAGUCGCAGCGUCUCCGCGAUCUGGUGGACAGGGCAUCUGUUUUCGGCGAGAGAUACCCCGCGGAGCAUGCGGGCGGCUUGUUCGCCGACACACCACUUCCCGAGGAAUGGGAUGGUGAAAAGAGGGAUGUGGUUGUCAUCGGCCGUGUUAUUCCUCCCAACAAGUAA